AUGGGUGUGAAAGGUGAGUCCAGUAAUCGACCAAAAGCAGUUGCAACAGCUGAACAAAUGCGCUUAGCAAGACUUACUCUAGAAAGCAACUCGGCGGAUGAAGAUCCCGCUAACAUCCAGCGAUUGAUAAAAAGGGUUAUCGAAACAACGAGGUGUACACAAGCUCGCGCUGAGCUAGCUUUGUACGACAAUGACAACGAUCUCGCUGCUGCCAUCGACUAUAUUCUUGAGCAUGGUUCGGAAAUAGAGUCAUGGACUGAGCAGAAAAGUAAAAAGGACAAGAAAAAGGAGGAGGAGGAGAAGCGACCGACGCGAGGCCAACCAUCGACACGUGGUCGAGGUGGUUUUGGUGAUCGUGGGGGACGUGGACGUGGUCGUGGCGAUGGAACAACACCUUCGCGUGGCGCUUCUCGUUUUGGUUCCACAACCGGUCGGGAAAGGGGAACUACUGCGAAUUCAGGAGGGAUGCGUCCUUUGCAGUUGAAAUCUUUAACUGAUGAUUCGGUGGCAAAAUCUCUUGACAACGAUUCCAUCGAUGACGCAACUGAUUGGAAAAGUGGUCCAAUGGUAUUUCAUCGUACGGAAGAUCAUUCGAAUACAUUGUCAAGUUCGAAUCCAUCUGUGCCAGUGUCUCAGUCGUCCACCGCACCACCCACACCGAUUUCGUUUGCUGCUGUUGCAGCUGCCGCUGCCAAGAAGGACUUGAAGCGACAACAAGCUCACUUAACGAAUUCUGUUGCGGCUAACGAGCAACCAGCUACAACGCCUAUGGAAUUUCACAGUGAUGGUAUGGCUAGUGGUAAAUCGCCAGCCAUUGAUCAGAAUCAGCAAAAAGAUGUGUUCUAUAGCGAACCAUCUGUUGCACACCCUGUCAAUCAUAACGAUAAUGUUGUGGGAAUCGCAUCAACAUCAGAUGCGGAUGAUGGGGAAGUCCUCCCAACAACUCCAUCACUAUCUCCCGCUAUUCAAGCAAACUGGACAAGCCAAUUGAAGAACGAUCUCGGUAUUGGCAUAACUAGUCCACCUCGUCAACAACAGUUUACAUCUGUUCAAUCAAUGGCUUCUGCUCCAGCUGGUGUGGAGUUUGUGACAGCAACGAUUCCACCAGGACUCUCCGACUAUCACUUUGGAUUUGUUGAUGGACCACAAGGCGCAGAAAUUGCCACGUCAACGUCAUCGGUGGUAAACACGUCUUCUGAUGUUUUGUUUGCUUCUGGUCGGUCUUCUACAAAUACCACAGGUGCUACUGUUCCUCAGAAGCCUAGUGAGGCCGAACGCCCAUUAAACGGGGACUUCUCACUGAAAGCUUCGCCACCAUUAUCACAUUCCUAUGGACAGCAACAACCUCAUAACAGCAGGUCGUUAUCAUAUGCUGAUCCGUCCUCUGUAUCAUACGCUCCACCGACACAACCAGAUCGUGGAAUGAGCAGUGGAAACAAACCUGCACCAAUUCCUCAUCCUCCACAACAGUCAGCCGCCCAUCAAGCUCCACAGCAUAUGUUUCCAACGCAAAUGCCUUAUGGAUCAUAUCCUUACAUGAACAUGAACAUGUACAGUCCGGUGACAGGUGUGCGCGCGGAAGAUCAAUACGCUGCUUUGUAUGCUGCUAGCAUGCCGUUUGGAAUGGGAGUGGAUUUGUCAGCGAUUUUGCCACCAACAACUCCUAUGUCCCAAGCCAGUGCUAAUCAACAACAUCCUGGAUCUGCGCAACAUCGAUCAGAUACCCACAACCUUGUUGACAUGAACAAGUUCACGUCGGGAAAUUCCAGGGAUGGUAGUGGUCAACAACCGUCCAACAUAGCACCUCCACCUGGUUUUGGGAAUCCGUCAUUUAUGCCACAACCAGGAUUGUCAUCCUUAUUUCUUCAGCAGCAAUUUCCACCACACCCGUAUUCAUUUAUGAUGCCUAAUGUUGGUUCCGGACGCCAGAUGUAUCCACAAGAAGAUGAUCGCAAAUCGUAUGAUAAGAUGGGAGGAGGUAAACAACCGCAAGCAACUCCACAACAUUAUCACAAUGGUGGCUAUCUCAACAGUGGCCUCAAGAAGCCCUAUAACUGGAAUUCUUAA